UCAGUUUCUGACCGGCGAUCGAAGUGACGCGUCCGUUCGUGUGCCCGUCGUCGCAGCACACCUCUCUCACAAGUUUCCCUCGGGAUUCCAUCCGCGUCCGUCGCCCCCGGAGGAUCGGCGCGAGGAUCCGGUCGUCCGGGCCACGUCGCGCGUCCGCGGUUUCACGGGGGGGUUGCCGCCUGCGGGAUCGCGGCGCGCUACUACACACACACGCGGUCGGGGAUGUCGCGCGAGACUCGCGGCGUUCGCUCGAAGCCAUCGAUCCUCGCAAUCGAAGCGAUUCAGUGACGCCUGUGUGGAGCUCGUCGUACGAUAAAACCAAUCGGGAUAAGUGUCGAGAAAUAACGCGGCCUAAGAAUCCUAACAUACAUGAUUUGAUUUUGAGCAUACGAAUUUUGCGUAUCGUGACGAUUUAUUCUUGAAAAUAUAAGAAUCCUGAUUCCUCGAAUUUUGCUUUUCGGAUUUUACCUUUGUAUCUUAUAAUUCCCCUUUUAACAUUAAUUUUAAAAAAUUGCACGUAAUUAAUUAGCAUUUAUUUCUUUGAUCCAAAGUCAAUUAAAAUUUUUUUCAGUGAAAAAUUAUUGUUAUUAAUAUAUUCCUAGUACUAAUCCUAUGCUUCAAUCAAGCGACGUCGACGUUCUACGAAUAAUCUCGUUCAUCGAGGAUCGCCGAUCGGUCGUUUAAUGGAAUAUCGAUAUAAAUGGCAGGAUUUACGAGGCUACCGAAGCUCGUUGUCACUGUCGUCGUCGUAAAUCGGUCGCGAUCGUGAAUAAAAAUACAGUAAGAAAUGGAGCUGAACCCGUGCUGCAGCUUCGUAGGGAUAGUAAAUUAUCUUUACACGAGAAGCUUGCAUCGGAAACGACGUCAGCCGGCGCCCAACGUUCCACGAUCCUGGUCGAGUGACUCUGGAGGUUUUCGCGCACGCAGAAGGUCACCCCAGGCAAUCGCGAUGGCAACCCUAUCUUUACGCAUCUCCAUACCGGAGAAGAACGCCACCAAGAUGAUGCAGUUCGAUCCCAGCACGUCGGUGUACGAUGCCUGUCGUAUCAUCAGGGAGAAACUCGCCGAGGCCAGCAACAUGGGUCAACCGAAAGAUUAUGGCCUAUUUCUCGCUGACGAGGACGUGAAGAAGGGAGUUUGGCUCGAGCCCGGACGAAAUCUCGACUACUACAUCCUGAGAAAUGGAGAUCUGCUCGAGUAUCGCCGUAAGCUCCGUACGCUGCGAGUCCGCAUGCUGGACGGAACGCUGAAGACCAUGUUGGUGGAUGACAGCCAGCCCGUGGCCAAUCUCAUGGUGGUGAUAUGUACGAAGAUAGGUAUCACGAAUCACGACGAGUAUUCCUUGGUGCGCGAGCUAGUGGAGGACGAGAACGAGAAUCAGAAACCUGGAAAUUUUGGCACUCUCACAUUGAAGAGAAAGAAAGAAGAGAAGGGCGAGAGGGAUGCGAAGAUGGAACAAUUGAGGAAGAAGUUGAAAACCGACGACGAAGUGAAUUGGAUAGAUCCAAGCAAGACCUUGCGCGAACAAGGUAUAGACGAAUCCGAAACCGUUCUGCUGAGGAGGAAAUUCUUCUUCUCGGAUCAAAACAUUGACAGUCGCGAUCCUGUACAAUUGUCGCUGUUAUACGUGCAAGCGCGAGAUGCAAUUCUGGAUGGCACGCAUCCGAUUACGCAGGAAAAGGCUUGCGUGUUCGCCGGGAUCCAGUGUCAAAUUCAGUUUGGCGAUUAUAAGGAGGAGAAACACAAACCUGGUUUCCUGGAUCUUAAAGAAUUUCUGCCGCAAUCGUAUGUGAAGGUGAAAGGAAUUGAAAAGAAGGUCUUUGCGGAGCACAAAAAACACAUUGGACUCUCAGAGCUGGACGCCAAGGUUCUGUACACGAAAACCGCCAGGUCGUUGAAUACGUACGGGGUCACGUUCUUCUUGGUGAAAGAAAAGAUGAAGGGCAAGAACAAGCUGGUGCCGCGUCUGCUCGGCGUGACGAAGGAUUCGGUCCUGCGACUCGACGAGAAGACGAAGGAGAUUCUGAAGACGUGGCCGUUGACGACCGUGCGGCGUUGGGGCGCCUCGCCGAAUACCUUUACCCUCGACUUCGGCGACUAUUCUGACCAAUAUUACAGUGUACAGACUACCGAAGCAGAGCAGAUACUCCAACUGAUCGCCGGUUAUAUCGACAUUAUCCUGAAGAAGCAGAAAGCGAAGGAUCACUUCGGUAUCGAGGGAGACGAGGGAUCCACCAUGGUGGAGGAUAGCGUGUCGCCGUUAAAAGCCACCAUCAUGCAACAUGAGACCAGCAAUGUUGGUAAAGGGAAUGUAGAAGCCGUCUCAGUCGCGAUACCAGCUGUUAUGAGAGCGGGAGGAGAUGGGGCUCGACCAUAUGGAACCGGUCACAUAGGUGGUGCCCAGUACACAACCGUCAGUGGACAGGUGAACAUCGCCCAUGCUCCGCCUAUGGUCCAACAAACUAAGGUGACAUCCGUCCUAUCUGAACCGCAACGUGCCUUAUUAUCGACCAUCACCGCUGGUCACGAGGUGAUCCACAUCGCCGAGACGGAGCUCACCACGAAGGCUCAGUUACCCGAGCUCGGCACGGAUCCAGCAUCUCUGAGAUGGAUCGAACAGACGAUCGACACCCACAAGCAGAACGUGGGCUCGCAGAUCGCGGCGAUGAACGCCGCGACCGCCCAGGUGGUCACGUUGACUUCCGGGCCAGCGGACGAUGUCGAUCACACCGCAGUGGGAGCAGCGAUUACCACGAUCGCCACGAAUCUACCAGAGAUGACGAAGGGCGUGCGGAUGAUAGCUGCUCUUAUGGACGAUGAGUCGUCCGGCGAGCGGCUGUUAGACGCUGCCAGGAAACUCUGUUCUGCGUUCUCAGACUUAUUGAAGGCCACGGAACCUGAGACCAAGGAGCCUUUCUACAUAACAUCUACGCUCUACGGACAAUAUCCGCGACAAAAUCUAUUGAAUGCGGCGUCGAGAGUGGGUGAGGCGUCGCAUCAAGUAUUGACAACUAUUGGCGAGGAGGACGACUCGAAUCGCGAGUUGCAGGACAUGUUACUCGCGCUCGCUAAGGCCGUGGCCAACACCACCGCUGCUCUGGUAUUGAAAGCGAAGAAUAUAGCAGCCACGUGCGAGGACUCUGCCACACAGAAUAGGGUGAUAUCGGCCGCGACGCAGUGCGCACUGGCUACAUCUCAGCUCGUGGCUUGCGCCAAGGUCGUAGCGCCGACCUUACAUUCACCUGCCUGCCAAACGCAGCUGAUGAACGCCGUUCGGGAGGUGACCAAGGCUGUGGAGCGCCUGGUUCAAGUCUGCAACGAGACGUGCAGCGAUGAUAACUUGCUGAAGGAGCUGAGUAUUGCCGCCGCCGAGGUCAGUCGCACCUUGAACGACCUUCUCAAUCACAUCAAGACCGCCACUAGAGGAGAGCGCGCCAAGGAAUCCAUCCAGGAAGGCGCGGUGGAAACCAUCUUCGUUGCGACAGACAGACUGUUCGCCAGCACCGGUGACGCCGGCGAGAUGGUACGACAGGCAAGAGUGGUCGGUCAAGCUACCGCUCAGCUGAUUCAGAGCAUCAAAGGCGAGGCGGAGAGGCAGACAGACUCGGAGCAGCAACAGCGUCUGCUGGCAGCGGCGAAGCUACUCGCCGAUGCCACUGCUAAGAUGGUGGAGGCGGCGCGGCAGUGCGCUAGCAGCCCGCACGACGCCAGGAUGCAGGAUCAACUACGCCAGGCAGCGGAAGAGUUACGAGCUGCGACUACAGCGGCGGCAACUCCGGCGUUACGUAGAAAACUAAUUACGCGUCUAGAGGCGUGCGCUAAACAGGCCGCGUCCACGGCCACGCAGUGUAUCGCGGCGUCUUCUGGUGCCGGACACCACAAUACUAAUCCUGCCAGCCAGGAGGAGCUCAACAUGGAGUGUCGCAUGAUGGCGCAGCAGAUUCCAUAUCUCGUAUCGGGAGUGAAGGGCACGCAGGCACAACCGGAUAAUCCUACCGCACAGUUGAAUCUGAUAAACGCUUCCGAGCAGUUUCUGCAACCGGGCACCGCUGUGGUGAAGGCGACCAGAGCCGUUCUACCGACGGUCACCGAUCAGGCGUCCGCUAUGCAGCUGAAUAACACCUCGCAGCAGUUAGGAUCGUCGUUGGCGGACCUUCGAUCAGCGGUAACGCGUGCCAGGGAAGCCUGCGGCGGACUGGAGCUCGACGCCGCGGAGGAGCUGAUAAACAGCCUGAAGGACGAGCUAGGAGAGUUUUAUCGCGCUGUCGAGGCCGCUUCGUUGAGACCGCUACCAGAAGAGACGACGGAAUCUACUGCGCUGCGACUCGGCGCCACGUCGAAGAACGUUGGAUUUGCUAUGGCGCAACUGUUAUCCGCCGCCAAGCAAGGCAACGAGAAUUAUACCGGAAGUGCCGCUAGAGAAACCGCAUCGGCCUUAAAGGAUCUUACCUAUGCCGUGCGCGGCGUAGCCGCUACGUCCAAUCAGCCGGAGACGCAGAAGAAGGUGCUAAUGACGGCAGAUGACGUGAUCCUGCGAUCGCUACGUCUAGUCAAGGAAGCGCGACGUGUACUGAAAAAUCCUGACGAUCCUGACAACGAGGCCAAUCUAGCCGUGGUCGCCAAGGACGUCUCCUAUUCGUUGAACAAGUGCGUGUCCUGCCUGCCCGGACAGAGAGACGUCGACGAAGCGAUACGCAAUAUCGACGACAUGACUCAAGUGCUCAACAUGAAUGAGUUCCCACAAACUAGCAAGAAUUAUGGGCAAUUGCAGAGCGAUCUCAAUAACGCUGCCGCCAAUUUGAACGAUGCGUCGUCGAACGUGGUAUCAUCCGUGCGUUCACCCGUGCAGCUCGCAAAUUCGUCGAAACAAUUUACCAAUGCUUUCGGAGAUCUGCUGAGCGUGGGGAUGGAAAUGGCAAGUCAGACGACAGUUGAAACCCGUACUCAGGUGGUGGUGUCGUUGAAGAACGUCAGCAUGACGUCCAGCAAGCUUCUCAUGACCGCUAAAUCAAUCGCGGCCGAUCCCACUGCGCCGAACGCGAAGAAUCAACUCUCGGCGGCGGCUCGCGCGGUUACCGACUCCAUAAACUACCUGGUGGACGUGUGCACUUCGGCGGCGCCCGGGCAGAACGAGUGCGACAAUGCUAUCAGAAACAUCCAGUCCAUGCGAUCUCUGUUGGACAAUCCGAGCGAGCCCAUUUCCGACGCCUCGUACUUCGAAUGCUUGGAGACCGUCAUGGAGAAGAGUAAGAGUCUCGGUGACGGUAUGACCGGUAUCGCGAAUCACGCGAAGAAGUCGGAACACGAGCAGUUUUCCGUCGCGGUCCGUGGAGUCUCCUCCUCGAUUUGCGGCUUGAUCGAAGCAGCCGCUCAAGCGGCCUAUCUAGCGGGCGUGAGCGAUCCUACGUCCGUAGCGGGUAAACCGGGUCUGGUGGAUCAGGCACAAUUCCUGCGAGCAGCGCAGGCCAUUCACAGCGGUUGCCAGAGCCUCGGCAAUCCGACCAGCACGCAACCGCAAGUGCUCUCAGCCGCUACCAUGAUCGCCAAGCACACCAGCGCGCUUUGCAACGCCUGUAGACUUGCGUCCAGCAAGACCAGCAACCCGGUGGCUAAGCGACACUUCGUUCAGUCCGCCAAGGACGUCGCCAAUUCGACGGCGUGUCUCGUUAAGGAGAUCAAGGCGCUCGAUCAGAAUUAUUCCGAUGCCAACCGCGAAAAAUGCGCGGAAGCCACGAAACCGCUACUCGAGGCGGUCGAUAAUCUCUGCACGUUCGCGAGUUCUCCCGAAUUCGCGAGCCAGCCGGCCAAGAUAUCCAUCGCGGCUAGAGCCGCCCAGGAACCGAUCACAAGCGCCGGUAAAUCCAUUAUCGACGGCUCGUGCGCUAUGGUGCUGGCGGCUAAGAGUCUCGCGGUCAGCCCGAAGGACCCGCCGACCUGGCAGUUACUGGCCAAUCACAGCAAGAGCGUCAGCGACUCGAUCAAAUCGCUGGUGGCGUCGAUCCGCGACAAGGCGCCCGGUCAGAAGGAGUGCGACGCCGCGAUCGAGAAACUGUCGGCGCGAAUACGCGAGCUCGACGCCGCUUCGCUGAGCGCGGUCUCGCAGGCGCUGAUGCCGCGCCGCGAGAACACCGUGCAGGGAUUCACGGAUCAGAUGGAGAGCAGCGCGAGCGAGCUGCGCGAGAAACUGGAACCGUUGCGUACCGCUGCCAAGUACGAGGCGGAGAACGUCGGCCACGCCGUCAAUCAGAUCGCCCUUUACUCGGAACCGCUCGUCUCGGGCGCGAUUGGCGCCGCGUCCAAUAUGGUUCAUUCGAAGCAGCAAAUGAUACUGUUGGAUCAAACGAAGACCGUAGCCGAGUCCGCGCUGCAGCUGAUCUACGUGACGAAAGAGUCCGGCGGCAACCCGAAGGCUGUCGCGUUGCACACCGAGGUGGACGAAACCGUCGAGUCCACCAAAGACGCGCUUCAGGAGCUGCAGAACACUUUGGAAACUAUAUCGACAUCUGCGGGUAUCGUCACCGGUCUGAUCGACACGAUUUCUCGCGCGAUGGUGAGAUUGGAGGAUCAUCGUAUGUCCACUAUCGACACCGUGGAUUCUUACGUGGAUUAUCAGACGAGGAUGGUCGAAGCUGCCAAAGAGAUCGCUCGGUUGGCACAAGAGAUGUCGACCAAGUCGAGCACCGACGUAGCCAGAUUGGGACCCCUAGCGGUCGACAUAUCGCACAAGUACACUCAACUAGCUCGCGAUACCUCCGGAGCGUCCGCGGCUGCCUCCAACGCCGACGUGUCCGCCAGACUUCGCACCGGGGUCCAGGAACUCGGCCGGGCUUGCGCGGAUAUCGUGCGCGCCGCCGGCACAUGCCAAAUGGCACCCGGCGACGCGUACGCCCAGCGAGAGGUCGCGGAGUACAGCAAGAUCGUGACCGAGAAGGUGUCACAGGUAUUGGCUGCAUUGCAGGCGGGCUCGCGCGGCACUCAGGCGUGCAUCAAUGCCGCUAGCACGGUUUCUGGAAUUAUCGGCGACCUCGACACCACCAUCAUGUUCGCCACCGCCGGUACGCUGCACGCCGAGAACGAGGGUGACACGUUCGCCGAUCAUCGCGAAAAUAUACUUCAGACCGCGAAGGCCCUGGUGGAGGACACGAAGACAUUGGUAGCUGGAGCGGCGUCCUCGCAGGAACAACUGGCUGUCGCGGCGCAGAACGCGGUGUCGACGAUCGUUCAGCUCGCCGAGGUCGUCAAGUACGGCGCGGCCAGUCUGGGCAGUCAGAAUCCGGAGGCCCAAGUGAUGCUGAUCAAUGCCGUGAAGGACGUCGCAUCCGCACUUGGCGAUCUCAUACACGCCACCAAGGCCGCCAGUGGCAAGCCCAUCAAUGAUCCCAGCAUGGCGCAUCUAAAAGAUUCCGCCAAGGUGAUGGUGACCAACGUGACGUCGCUGCUGAAGACGGUGAAGGCCGUGGAGGACGAGCACACACGCGGCACCAGAGCGUUGGAGUCCACGAUCGAGGCCAUAGCCCAGGAGAUCCGCGCGCUCAGCAGCUCGGAGACGCUGAGGAGCAACGUGACGCCGGAAGAUCUCGUGCGCUGCACGAAGAGCAUCACCAUAUCGACGGCGAAGGCGGUCGCGGCCGGGAACAGCUGCAAGCAGGACGACAUAAUCGCCGCCGCCAACAUGGGCAGGAAGGCCAUCAGCGACAUGCUGUCCAUCUGCAAGGGCGCGGCCCACAAUUGCGCCGAGACCACCGAGCUGUGCGAGCGUACCCUUCAGGCGGGGCACGAUGUCGCCAUUAAUUAUCGAGAGCUGCUUCAGGCGAUCCUGCAGAUAGCGUCGAGGUCGGGCGACGCCAAGCACACCUUGCCGGUGAUCUCGCGCAAGAUCGCGCAGAGCGUGACGGAGCUGGUGGCGGUGGCGGAGCUGUUGAAGGGCAACGACUGGGUCGACCCUGACGAUCCCACGGUGAUCGCGGAGAACGAGUUACUCGGGGCGGCCGCCAGUAUCGACGCGGCUGCCAAGAAGCUAGCUAGUCUGAGACCGAGGAGAAGCAUCCAGGAGGCUAACGAGGACAUGAAUUUCGACGAAAUGAUUCUAGAAGCCGCGAAAUCCAUCGCCGCCGCCACUUCGGCGUUGAUAAAGGCCGCCAGUGCCGCGCAACGAGAACUCAUCGCGACCGGCAAAGUGGCACGCACGCCGCUGACCAGUUCCGAUGACGGCCAAUGGUCCGAGGGUCUGAUCUCGGCCGCUCGAAUGGUGGCGGCCGCCACCCACAGCCUCGUGGAAUCCGCGAACGCUCUCGUUCAAGGAGUAAGCUCCGAAGAAAAGUUGAUUUCCAGCGCUAAGCAGGUUGCCAGCAGCACGGCGCAACUGUUGGUCGCUUGCAAGGUCAAAGCCGACCCUGACAGCGAGAGCACGAAACGUCUGCAGGCGGCCGGUAACGCCGUGAAACGUGCUACCGAUAAUCUCGUACGUGCUGCGCAACAGGCUAUCCAGCAGGAGGAGGACAGAUCGUUGGUCCUGAACCGCCGCAUGGUGGGCGGUAUCGCGCAGGAAAUCGACGCACGCUCGGAGGUCUUGCGAAUUGAGCGCGAGCUGGAGGAGGCCCGAGGCAGGCUGACCGCCAUUCGUCUGGCCAAAUAUAAAAAUCGGCCGGAUCUGGCCGACGGAGACGGCGACGUGGCGGGUGGCGAUCAGAGCGGCUACCAGAGUUACACCACCCGGUACGAGACGAGGGCGUACGAGCCGCAGACCACGACCUCGCCUAUUCAGACGAUGAAUCACACCCUGGAUCAGUUGCAGUCCACCACGCAGCACAUCAGUCAUCAGUUUGCCGAUCAGCAGACCUUGGUAAGCCCGGAAAAGGUACAUUCGACGCAGAGCACGCUCGAGAGAAAGAUGAAGGACAGUCAGUACCGGUCUACCGUGGAUCAAUACGGAUCUCUGGACAGAAAGUACACUAUCGAUGGUUUUCAAGACAGGAGUCCGUACAUCGUCACCGAGAGAAAGAUCAUAACGGACAACUCACCCGGCCAGUACAGCUCAAUCGAGCGAAGGAUCAAUCAGGAGAGUUACGGAGUCACGGAGAGAAAACACGCGGACGGAUUCGCCUCGUAUCCGCCGCCCCAGCACAUCUCGUAUUCCAUCUCGAAGUCCCCGACUCCCAAGAUCGUCCAGGAGCAAGUUACCGAAGACCGAAAGUCUCCGCAGGAUCAGCCCAAGUAUCUGACUGAUCGGUUCUCGGGCGUCAGUCCGAUGAGCACGUUCCGUUCCGAGAAGCAGGUGGACACUCAGCGAUUCAGCAGCGGUAUCCCGCAGCAUCAAACGUUCAAGAAUGUUGAGAGCAAGGUCAUCCCCGGUGGCAGAAUCGAGACCGUCACGACGAAGGUCUACUCGUCCACGCCCGGCAAGAGUACCAGCAGCUCCAACUACGAGACCACCGAGGAGACCAAGCAGUACACGUCCGGCAACGAAUUGUCGACGUUCAAGGGCAACGACAGCGUCGAGGAACGCACAAUGAAGCAGUCGAUGCACAAAGUCACGGAAAAGAAGACCGUCACUAUGACGACGUCGAGUCGGCAGGAGUCCAACACGAAGACCUUUCGUUACGAGGACAAGCAGUGAGAAGCGAGAAUAACGAAGUCCGCUGUAUACAAUCGAAGCGAUAAUUUCGUCCGGAAACAAAGAAAAAAAAGUGACCUAAAUCUAAAUUCGAGCCUAAAAUUGCGAUAUAAAGUACAGAUAAAAUUAUUUUAGUACAAUAAACAAUUUUCUCAAUCGAUAUCAACGACGUAUCGAGCUUUUGAAAUUGAAAUGAGAUUGAUGCGAGGAUAAUUCUUGAACGGAUAGCAACGAAGUGAUUUCCGUUACGCGUUAAGAGCCUGCGACGCUUUGAAACAAGGAGGAACGAUAACGCGGCAGGAUUAUUUAUUAGCGAAACGAUAGGAAGUGCCCUUAGGUAGAUGUAACACUCGUGCUUUCGAUCAGCAGCCUUACGAACGUAUUUAAUCGUGGAUGUUUUCGCAGCCGCGAGCCAUGGAUCGUUUUUCUCGAUAGCCAUACAAUUUUACGAAACGCGAGUUGACGUAACAAUUACGUCGAAUGUAAGAGAACGCUGACCGUUUUACUUUCGCAUUCGCACAGUAGGUUCUUCGUUUCUUUUUUUUUUCCUUUGCUUAUACAGCUCGACCACGAUAGAGAUAAUUAUGCGCUUGGUUUAAUGUAGAGUUAAUUUUACGUUUACUCAUUUACGGUUAAGAAACCACCGGAUUAACAAGAGAAGCAACAUAUCAUUUAAUUUUAUUAAUUUUCCCGAUGUCGCGCGGUGCCGAGGACAGGCCCGGCGACGCGCCACCGCUCUAUUAACACUUUCCGUUUUCUUAAUUAACCCUCACCCUCCCUCUGGCGUUUCUAUUUAUUCUGAGAAUCCUCCACCCUGUCGCAAAUUGUCUCUUUACCCCUUACGUUUGUUUCUACGCAACGAUUCUACUUCUAACAGCGCAUGUAGAUUCUGAGAAUGUUCGAAGGCUAAAAGUAUAAAAAUAUAGGACAUUAUAGGGAUGUUUUCUCUCUAUAUUAGGUAUAUUUUUAAUUACAUUUUACUGAACGAUAUGUG